UGGUCUUAGCGUGUUCUCUCACCCCCCUCCUUCUCUCUCUCCCUUUGCUCUAUAACGAAGCAAAAAAACGAUCCUCUCUCUCUCUCUCUCUCUCUCUGCAUUACAAUUGACGAACAGUCAAAGCUUGAAUAAGCAAAGAAACCCAUUGAAAUCUCUGGUUUCUACAGAUAGAGAUUGGAAAGAUUUGCAAGUUUUGCUGCCAACGCGUAUUGGUUCUGUCACUGGGCUAUUGUUAUUUGUUUGCGUAAAUUGAUCUGAAUAUCUGUUUCUGGAUUCAGUAUUCGUUACUGAAUCUGGGUUUAUAGAUUUUUAUUGAGGUUUGUUGAAUGAAGUGAAUUUUUGGGGAAGAAAGAAAGCCGGCGAUUCGUUUUCUUUCCCAAGUUUGCGAUCUGUGCAGAAGAAUAUGUCUAGUUUUGUGGGUGUUCUUGUUUCUGAUCAAUGGCUUCAAAGCCAGUUCACACAGGUUGAACUUCGUAGUCUCAAAUCCAAGUUUGUUUCAAUAAAGAAUCAGAAUGGUAAAGUUAAAAUUGGGGAUUUGCCACCUUUAAUGGUGAAACUGAAAGCUUUGAGUGAGAUGUACAAGGAGGAGGAGAUAAGGGAAAUAUUGGGCGAGUCGGGUUCUUCCAUAGAUGAUGAGAUUGAUUUUGAAGGCUUCCUCAGGACGUAUGUGAAUUUACAAUCUCGAGCUCCAGCAAAAUUAGGCGGUGCAAAGAACUCAUGGUCAUUCCUCAAGGCUACCACAACCACCCUUCUUCACACCAUUAGUGAAUCAGAGAAAUCAUCUUACGUUGCUCACAUCAACAGCUAUCUCAGGGAUGACCCAUUUUUGAAGCAAUUUCUACCAAUAGACCCAGCUACAAAUGCUCUAUUUGAUCUUGCAAAAGAUGGAGUUCUUCUAUGUAAACUCAUCAAUGUUGCCGUACCGGGCACAAUAGAUGAGCGUGCUAUCAAUACCAAAAGGGUACUCAACCCCUGGGAAAGGAAUGAAAAUCACACCCUUUGUCUCAACUCCGCCAAGGCUAUUGGUUGCACAGUCGUUAACAUUGGUACCCAGGACCUGAUUGAAGGAAGAUCUCAUCUGGUUCUUGGGUUGAUUAGUCAAAUUAUAAAGAUCCAACUCUUGGCAGAUCUCAACCUUAGGAAGACACCGCAACUUGUGGAAUUGGUGGAAGACAACAAUGAUGUUGAGGAGCUUAUGGGAUUAGCCCCUGAAAAGGUCUUGUUGAAGUGGAUGAAUUUCCACUUGAAGAAAGCAGGCUACAAGAAAAAUGUGACAAAUUUCUCUUCUGACUUAAAGGAUGGAGAAGCUUAUGCUUAUCUGCUUAAUGUUCUUGCACCAGAACAUUGCGAUCCAGCCACUUUAGAUGCAAGAUCCUGCGAAAGGGCUAAUUUGGUGCUCGAGCAUGCUGAGAAAAUGGACUGCAAAAGAUAUUUAACCCCAAAGGACAUUGUUGAAGGCUCAACAAAUUUGAAUCUUGCAUUUGUUGCACAAAUAUUCCAUCAAAGGAAUGGCCUCUCUACAGACAACAAAAAAAUUUCUUUUGCAGAGAUGAUGACGGAUGAUGAGCAAAUGUCUAGAGAAGAAAGAUGCUUUCGCUUAUGGAUCAAUAGUCUUGGGACAGCUACUUAUGUUAAUAAUAUGUUUGAGGAUGUCAGAAAUGGAUGGAUACUUUUGGAAGUGCUAGACAAAAUUUUUCCAGGAUCAGUUAACUGGAAACAGGCAACAAAACCUCCUAUUAAAAUGCCAUUUAGAAAAGUGGAGAACUGCAACCAAGUUAUAAGGAUUGGAAAGCAAUUUAAAUUUUCCUUAGUGAAUGUUGCGGGAAACGAUAUUGUACAAGGGAAUAAGAAGCUCAUACUAGCUUUCCUGUGGCAAUUGAUGCGGUGCAAUAUGCUUCAACUUCUGAAGAACUUGAGGUCCCGCUCUCAAGGGAAGGAGUUUACUGAUGCCGAUAUCCUGAAUUGGGCAAACAAAAAAGUGAAGAGCAAGGGCAGAACUACUCAUAUCGAGAGUUUUAGGGAUAAGAGCCUUUCAAGUGGAUUAUUCUUCCUCGAACUUCUCAGUUCGGUUGAGCCAAGGGUUGUCAAUUGGAACCUUGUAACCAUGGGUGAAAGUGAUGAGGAGAAGAAAUUGAAUGCCACAUACAUAAUCAGUGUUGCACGUAAGCUUGGAUGUUCGAUUUUCUUGUUGCCUGAGGACAUCAUUGAGGUAAAUCAAAAGAUGAUCCUUACUCUUACAGCCAGCAUCAUGUAUUGGAGCCUUCAGCAACCAGUGGACGAGUCCGAGUUAUCUCCAUCCUCUGCUACUUCUGGUACUCCUGAUGCAUCCCCGGCACAAUCUGUUAAUGGCGAAGAUGAAAGUUCUUUGGGGGGCGAAGUCUCAAGCUUGACCAUUGAUGAUGCGGGCUCUGAUACUACAGUCUCCUCACAAUUUGAAAACGAGGACACACUUGUUGCUUCCGAUAAUAGAGUCUCAUCACAAGUUGAAAAUGGGAACAAGCCUAUCAUCGCCUCUGAUGGCAGCGUCUCCUCACAUGUUGAAAAUGAGGAGACUUCAGUCCCCUCUGGUAAUGGAGUGUCGACACAGAUUGAAAAUGAGGACACUCUUGUUGAAGAAUGAUCGAAUUUGAAGAGUAAAGGGAAAAAAGAAGGAGAAAUUACACUGCCAUUGGUUAGGUGGCUAAAGUGAUGAAUAAUCUUUUAUUCAAGCAAGACAUAUACAUGACCAUAGAAUAUAGUGCUUGUGAUCCAAAAAGAGAGAGAAAAAAUAAAAAUAAAAAUAAAAAUAAGACUUUUGUAUAGUUUAGAAUGUGCUUUUUUUUCUUCUUUGGUUUUUGUUUGCCCCUUUUCUCUUUUAACUUAAUAAUGUAAGUAGAUUUUACCAAUUUAGUUUUUUUAUUUAUUAUAUUGGUUUAUUUUAUUCAUGUUAA